CACACAACACAACCACUCUGCCAACGGACGCAUCAAUUCCUAGUACCAAUACUCAAGCUCCUUAGUGAAGUAGCGAUAAGAAGAGACCGUUUCCCCACAUUCCUCCUCGGCAUCUUCCAGAGACUAGGCUCACGAGCUCUACGGCGAUUAGCACAUCCCGAUCUGCUAGGACCCGUUCUCCGAAAAAUCCUAGAAAUAUUACUAGACGAAGCCCGAACUCGACCUAGUCUUUGACCAAGCUGCUCGUAGCAGUCCGCCCUGCGUGCCAUGGCUUCUCGGAGAUUCCUAGGCCUCGUGCUUCUCGUGCUCGCUACAUCCUGGUUCCUAACAUCUUGUGCUGCGUCGAUCGCGGCCAAGAGCGGCGCUGCUGGCGCUAGUCAGGGUUCCAGUAGCAAGAAUUCUAAAUCUGGAGCAAAGAGUGCGCCUACUGGAUCUACUACUGGUAGUAGUAAAACUCCUCCUGGGACUGGCGCAAAGAUUGCGGGAGGUGGCUCCAAGAAUCCCGGGAAUCCGGGGAAGACGAAUAGCUCCUUGACCGCCUUCUUCAAAGCGGUGCAGAAGCUCAACGAAACGGGUUACACGCAAUUCGCAUCCCUCGCCAAACUAUACGGCCAGCUGCAAGAGGUCAGCUCCGUGCUCCAGCAGCCUCUCACGCUGCUCGUACCGAGUAACAAGGCGCUCAAUAAGGUGAAACUCACGAGCUACAGCGCGAGCCAGCUCGCGACGAUCGUCGGUUACCAGGCGAUCAAGGGCGUGUACACCUUUCGCCAGCUGCAGAUGCUGCGACUCAACACGCCCGUCGCAACCGUCGCAUUGGGCGACGACAAAAAGCCCCUGGUGCUCGUGAAAGCGUCGAAGCCGAAUGCGAAGAACCGCGUCGUGCUUCAAGGGAGGGCGGCGCCUAGAAGCACAAUCACUAUAGUCAACGGCGACGUUUUCUACAUGUCGAAGAAACUGGCAGUUCAUACGACGGACGCUGUUGUGUUCCCUAAUGGCAUCCUCUAGAUGCAAAUACUGCGUACAAAAGCUACACUCGCAUGCGAAGUAGCGAAUACGCUAUACGACACUGUGGGAAUACGCUAUACUCGCGUACGCAAUGCCAAUCUCUUGCAUUCGAAGUAGAGGCUAGUAAUCUCACCACCACUCGGUGACUUGCAGCUGAAUCUGAGGCACAAGCUGAGCUGAGCCGUAGUGUCGGGUCGGAGUGUGUCCUCGGGCAUGCUGACACUUUUGUUCUGGUAGUCGUGACUGGGUGGGUGGUGGUAUUACUCUCUUCUACACCCUGUCCUGUAUCUUAGACAGUUUUUCUCCGUAA